UCAUAUUUAGCGCGCAUACAUGUCAGCGAAAAAAAUCGUUUCCGCUGGACGGUCAUGCUUUCUGUCCGUUCCGCUACAAGAAUAUAUUUUGCAAUCAUCAUCUUGGAAAGGAAUUGCAUUACAUAAAUAAAAGCAUAACUUUAAUAGAUUGAAGAAGGACAUUUGCACAACUAAAUCAUAUUGUAUACGGAUUUAAACGUUUAGUGCUUGUUAAAGACAGAAUGGGUGUAAAGGAUAAAUUGCCAAUUAACGAUGUUCGAGUUCCCGGAUGUUGUUCACAGAGAUGGAUUCUUGCCUACGUUGGCUUUUUUGGAUUCGCCGUCUUCAACUCUUUGCGAGUAAAUCUGAGCGUAGCGGUCGUUUGCAUGGUGAAGACUCCAAAAAUAGACUUUGAUGCCAUCAAAGGAUUGAAGAAUUAUACUAACGGGACUGUUUUGCCAAAAGGAUUUGAUUUGAAUUGUAUCAAAGAAGAGGAAGAAGCAUCGCAUUCAAGUGACAGAGCUGAAUUGGAAUGGGAUGUGGCAACAAAGGAACUUAUACUGGCAUCGUUUUAUUACGGGUAUAUUAUAACUCAAAUUCCAGGAGGCUGGCUGGCACACAGGUUCGGCGGGAAGAGAGUUUUGUUCAUUUCAAUAUUUGCUUCAUCUGUUUUGACAUUACUUGUUCCAUUAUGUUCCCGUACCAGUGUUUACCUUUUGUUUGCUCUCCGAGUUUGUAUUGGUUUGUUUUCUGCAAUGACGUUUCCUGCAAUGCAUGACAUGUGGGGGCAGUGGGCACCGCCUUUAGAGAGAAGUAAACUCACGGCGCUUUGUUAUGCAGGCGCCACAUUUGGAAAUGUUUUGACAUUUAGCACUUCCGGUGUACUGUGUGCUUAUGGAUUCGACAGUGGCUGGGGCUCUAUAUUUUAUAUAACAGGCUCUCUCGGGAUAAUAUGGACGGGGUUAUGGCUGUUAUUUGUUGCCAAUAACCCGGCAUCACACCCGAGAAUAACAGCAGCUGAAAAAUUCUACAUCAUUGACAGUAUUAGUCAUGGCAAAAAGAAUACGUAUACCAUCGUGCCUUGGUUGUCUAUAAUAAAGUCACCGUGUCUGUUCGCUUGUUUGACAGCCCACGUGUGUAACAACUGGACGAACGCUACACUGCUCACAAAUAUACCAACAUUUAUGAAAGACGUUCUUCAUUUUGAUAUAAAAAGUAAUGGGGUAUUGUCAGCGGUACCCUACAUUUGUCAGUUUUUGUCAGGAAUAUUGUCAGGCCAAUUCGCUGACUUUCUUAGAUCUAGAAAAUAUUUAUCAACAACUGCCACGAGAAAGACUUUUCAAACAUGCAGUUUUAUGGGUGCUGCAACAUGUUUAAUUGGAACAGGUUUUUGUGCAUGUGAUCAUAGAACAUUAGCAGUAAUAUUGUUGUCUUUAGCAAUGACCUUCAUGGGACUCGGGCGUGCUGGAUAUAUGGUCAACCACGUGGACUUUGCACCUGCGUAUGCGGGAGUCUUGUUUGGAAUAACAAACACUUCAGCUGCACUGACAGGAAUGACUGCGCCAUUAUUAGUGGGAUAUCUUACACCAAACGCAAGUGCCUCCGAGUGGCGUAACGUAUUUUACGUGUGUGCUGGUUUCGACGUGGUUGGAACUAUAAUAUUUGCUGUUUUUGCUUCUGGAGAACUUCAGGAAUGGGCUAAACUUACAGACAAUGUAAAGUUAGAAGCACAUUCAAAUGACUGCUGUGAUGAAAAUGUGACAGAACCAAACUAUGCACGUGCAAUAAACAACAUAUCAAAAGAGGCAGAUACAAGUUCAAGUGAAAGAAAACACAAGUAUAUUGAAUCUGUGGAUUAUGGACAAAGUGGCAGUGUUAAAUCAGAACAGCUAAGUGACGGGGGAAAUAGUCAUGUUAAUUACGGAUGUGAAGACGAUAAUACCCUUCAUUGCAGGCUUUAACAUAUAUCUAAGUGACCCUGUUGUCAAAGAAGCCGAGCAGUUUAUUCAAACUAAUCAUAGCCUUAAUUGCAGUUACAGCAAGGAGCUAGUAAAUGAACAAAAUAAGACUGUAGAGCUAGUAACAACGCUUAAAAAAACUUUACGUACAAAAAAAUCAAGCUUAAGUCAUUAAUACAAAUUAAAAUAGCUUAUACCGUAUAUAUAUAAUUUAUAUAUUUCUUUUUGGCAGAAUUAUAUUUCAUAUAUAAUACAUUUGUAUAGCAUGAUGUUCCAAUCCAAUAUGAAAUACAUACUACAAAAUU